GUUUUGGGGAACUAUAAAUAUUAAAACAUGGAAAAGAUAUGAGUUUUGAACACUUUGCUUUGAAGUAGGUGUACUUCAUCGUAGUUUGAGUUUUCCUCUCCUGUCACUCUCGCUGCCGAAUUGUCGGCCGCUGCAUAGUUUCUUCAAAAUGGCGAAGAUGGGUUAUCCAAUGCAAGUAUGUCCCGGUACUCUGGAAAGGGAGGUCUACUUUGCUGUCGCUUCUUCUUCUGCAGAUCCCAUCGCGUUCUCCAAAAGGCUUCGCAUAGGUACAUAGCCAGAGCUGCAGCUCCGCACCGGCCUGCUGUGAGACGGAAGUUCUGCGUUGACGACACGCGAGUUUAGGUUUCCCAGAGUCUCCGUUAUCAAGUGCAAGUAUUUCUGGGUCUGGAACACUUGAGACACUUUUGAUGCUACUGCUCUGCAUGAGAGUGAGCUCUGUACAUCCUGUCCUCUUUGUCCACAAGUACAAAUACUUCUACCUUUUCUGCCUAUGCAUAGAUCGCUGCUUGCUGCAGGAAGCGCAUUAUGUCCAGACACAGAAAGAGUUGCAAGGCAUAUCCCGGGCACAUUUGCAAUGCAUACGGGUCAGAAAGCUAUGAAGAUGAAAAUGAUGGCUGCUCCGCCUCCGCCACCGGCUGUGGACAAUGAAAAUGAAGGUGAACAAGGAGCGGAGGGCAUCACCUUGGAAAAGUAUUUCCACUCCAGAAAAUAACAAGCAAUUGUAUGUUGCACGCAAACACGAGCGGUCGGGCUUUUUGCAUGUCUGGUUGGAACGAAAAUUCGCUUAGUAAUUCCCUUCUUCUGGGAGGUGGAGAGCCGGUGGCCAAGUUGCUGCUGAAUAUGCAGAGCAGGUUGCUGCAGAGCAGGUUGCUGUCGUUUCUGUGGAGUGGUGGACUUUUCAAUUUGAUAGCUGACGACGAUCCGCAAUCUAAGGCCGAUCGGACGAAAAGCAGGUUCUGAAUUUUCUAUCGAUUUAGGACCACACAGUCCACGUAACGGUCAUUUCAAAACAUAUAGUAGAUGCAAAGUGUUCAUUCAAGAGGUAGGAAAAAAUUUGCAGGUAAGAACUGGGAGCUUCGAUGCACUCAGGCUCUGUGAUUCACAAGUGCAGAGGUCGGGAACAAAGAUCCACUGGCCCUCCGUGUCUUGGUACGCAUGAUAUGUGAUGCACUGAUUUCCCCUCCCCGCCUGUGUGCUUAGAAGAUCGCGUAAGAUGGUUGCGAAAAAUAAAAAAACAGCAACUGUUGCAGGUACGGAGCGGCGAAACAAGAGGAGAAGCUUUUUCGAUGCGGAUUAUCCGAAUUUAACAACUUGCAUUUAGUCUUCUAUGUCUUGCAUGUGGUUUUUUCUUCUAAAGAACCAACACACCGACUUUUGUGUAAGGGUCUUGCUUCAUAGACGUUUUUGUAAGGUAAGCAGCAAGGCAAGGGUCAGCGUUUUUGUGACUGUGCAGAAGCACUCAACGAACUGCAUCUUUACUAUCCGGAGAUGAUUGCAGGUUUUUUUUGGAUUCUGGGUGCUCGUGCUGCUGCUCCUGAUAUAUGAAAGUGGCAGUCUGGCAGAUCACAUUCACCGCACUCGUCACAACAUUUUGCCCAAGUACGAAUGCUGCAUUCUGGUCAGCACUGAUUGGCAAUUGUGCCUCGCGAGGACUCUUCGGCAGUUCCACUAGUGCGAACAGGCACAGCUCCCGGAGCUAACAGCUGCGAGACCGGGUGCUUAUUCACGUGUGACAGCUGCAGACUUUGCUUUCAUAAUAUCCUGGCCGUACAUUACGCAAAAAGACAAUAAUCAUAAUGAUGAGAGGUCAGAAUCAGACCUUGUCGCACCGGAAACGUACCUAAGGAACAUGAUUCAGCAUUUAUCUACUAUUUUCCCGGCACACGAGAUAGAGUUUAAAGCAACAACCGUGCGUAAACGUAAUCGUAAGUAAGUUGGACUCUCACUGCAGGUGUCUUUUUGCCCCAAUGCUGCAGUCUUGCAUAUCUUGAUUACCCUGGGAUACUUUGAAAGCUGGAAGAAGGACGCCGUGACGUAUUUCAUGCUGUUUUUUCUUUGUGAAAAUGAAAUAAUGCAUGAAUAAAUGAAAUUUAGUUUUUUCAUGAUAAUCAUAAGCCAUUUAUUACAUACAACAGGGCCAAGAUCAUCACCUUGCCCGGAAACAAGAGUAUGGGACGGUCACUGAGAAAAUCGUCAAAGUGAAGGUCAUGAAUUCAUAGUAUGUGCACGGUAUUCUCGAUCAUUGGACAGACAGACUGUUUUAUUUAGCGGCGAUGCCUAGACGAAUUUGUGAUGUUAAGUAGGGGAACUUUUCUUUGUUUUUUUUACUAAAAAAGGUAGUCGUGGAAAAAUCUCCUUUCUGGCUGAGACGACUUUGACAAUUCCAUAAACAAAACUCCGUCGCCGGCGCCGAAUGCCGCAUCGGUACAGAACAUGUGGAGAUGAAGCAAAGAAAAGAUGUCCAGUGACCGAACCAUAAGACGUUCAGGAGACGUACAACUAUGCGCUGACGCAAAACUUGUAUUUUUGAAUUUGAAGUCAGGCUUUGAUGCGUUGGUGAAACAAUACUAGGUAAACGUAAUUUGUUAGGACGAAGGCAUGAGUUGAACAGUAUGGUGGGUUCGUGAGAUUCAGGUCUUUCUUUGCUACGAUAGCAGGAAGCUGACUCCGGCCGCGACAAGGUGGCGAAGUUACUGGAGGAAUCGGAGAAAAUCAGCGAGCGUGUAUCCGAUUGUCAGCUAGAUUCUGUAGGGGCUUGUCAUGCAUGAAGUACGUUGUGGUCCUUGGUGAGAAGGACGAAUGCAGAAGUUGUUUUUGGUGUCUGCGUACCACAAGCAUUGGCAGAAGAAAUGGAUUCGCUUGGGGGACCACGACAACAGUUUAUGACAUAGGAAAGCACUGAUAGCGACCCAGCUGUUUACUCGGAUAAGAAGCUGAGAAGAUAAAGUAGUCAAGUGGUGGUGGCUUUCACGCUGAACAUGCUGGGGGAGAAAUUUUACAAAAAGUAAUACAUUUAUAAGUUUUACGCAUUAGCAGUCGCAGGCACCGCAUGCUACGAAAUACUAUCAUCAAUACAGUCUUCUCUCUCUUUUAGUUUUUUAGUUUACUGAAGUUACACUGUACAAUGAUUUUGCUGGCAAUCAUGGUCACCGAGCGUGGCAAGACAUCACUCGAGCCUGCGCCGCGAGGUCAGGGCGAAUAGUAAGCACGAGAUGGGCUCACUAUAUUUGAAAACGAAUUUAAGGAGUUAGCGUGGAAACGAACUAUACUCAUCCAUUGAUGCAAGAGGGCUAGUAGCUACCGAAGAGGUAGGCUGCAAAUCGAAAAUUUGAUCGCGCGUCAGCUCAGACGCAGUGCAGAAGAAAAAGCUGUGGAGCGCAAGUUG